UCACCCCAGCUAUAAUGCGCACGGGUGUGGUAGCUGUGGCCCUGGUUACCCUGGUGGCCCUGGCAGCCGCAAGACACCAGUUCAGAGAUCCCUACUACGCAGCAAGGCACCAGACCAAGGACCAUGACCACACUGUAGGUGACGCUAGCGACUGCAUAAAUCAACAUGCAACACAGCAAGAAACCGCUAGAGAAAGAACACGACGUUUUGUAUUCACAUCGAUGGGUUCCGAAGCUUCAGUGGGUAAAGAAGGUGGAUUUCGAGAAGCAUAUGGUACUGGAAGUGCAUCAAGUGGUGGAGGUGGAGGAAGUGGUGGAGGGGGUGGAAGCGGUAGUGGUGAAGGAUCAGGACACGCUGGAGGUUUUGGUUACGGUGGUGGUUACAGUGGCGAUUCAACUAGUGGUGGAGGUGGUGGUGGUGGUGGAAGCAGUGGAACUGUAGGAUCAGGGUUUGGUGAAGGUUUUGGCUCUGGUGGUGGUUUCAUUGGUGUUGGUGGUAGUGAUGGUAGAAGCAGUGGUGGUGGUGGAGGUGAUGUUGGUGGUGGUUCCAGUGGGGGAGCCGGGGAUGAAUUCAGCAGUGGUUCAGGUGUUGCUUCUGCAUUUGAUUUCGGUACUACAAAUUUAGAUGGGGGUUCAGGUGGUGGUGGCUCAGGUGUUUUAAGUGGUUUUGGAGAAGGUGGUGGUGGUGGUAGUGUUAGUGGUAGUGGUAGUGGUGGGGGAGCCAGUGGUACAUCAAGUACUGGUUCAGGUCUGGCUUCUGCCUUUGGUUACGGUAGUAACUUAAUUGAUUAUGAAAUCGGGGGUGUUAGUGGUGGCAGUGGUUCCAGAGAUGGUGCCGGUGUUGAAUUCAGUGGUCGUUCUGGAUUUGGUUCUGGUUUUGGCUUCGGUGGAGGAUCUGGUGGGGGUACUGACGGAAGUGGUGAUGGAAGUGGUACAAGUAUGGGAACUGAGAAUAAAGAGGGAAGUGACAGUGAAACUGGAAGUGGGUUUGGAAUAGAACUUGGGAAAGGAGAGGGAAGUGGCAGUGGGGUAGGAAGUGGGUUUGGAGUGGGAUUUGGGAAAGGAGAGGGAAAUGCCAGUGGAGUGGAAAAUGGGUUUGGAAUGGGAAUUGGGAAAGGACAGGGAAGUAGCAGUGGAACAGAAAGUGGAUUUGGAGUGGGAAUUGGGAAAGGGGAGGGAAGAGGCAGUGGAACAGGACGUGGAUUUGGAGUGGGAAUUGGGAAAGGGGAGGGAAGAGGCAGUGGAACAGGACGUGGAUUUGGAGUGGGAAUUGGGAAAGGGGAAGGAAGUGGCAGUGGAACAGGACGUGGAUUUGGAGUGGGAAUUGGGAAAGGGGAGGGAAGUAGCAUUGGAACAGGAAGUGGAUUUGGAGUGGGAAUUGGGAAAGGGGAGGGAAGUGGCAGUGGAACAGGAAGUGGAUUUGGAGUGGGAAUUGGGAAAGAGGAGGGAAGUGGCAGUGAAACAGGAAGUGGAUUUGGAGUGGAAAUUGGGAAAGGGGUGAGAAGUGGCAGUGGAACAGGAAGUGGAUUUGGAGUGGGAAUUGGGAAAGGGAUGGGAAGUGGCAGUGGAACAGGAAGUGGUUUUGGAGUGGGAAUUGGGAAAGGGGAGGGAAGUGACAGUGGAACAGGAAGUGGAUUUGGAGCGGGAAUUGAGAAAGGGGAGGGAAGAGGCAGUGGAACAGGAAGUGGAUUUGGAGUGGGAAUUGGGAAAGGGGAGGGAAGAGGCAGUGGAACAGGAAGUGGAUUUGGAGUGGGAUUUGGGAAAGGGGAGGGAAGUGGCAGUGGAACAGGAAGUGGAUUUGGAAUGGGAAUUGGGAAAGGAGAGGGAAGUAGCAGUGGAACAGGAAGUGGAUUUGGAGUGGGAAUUGGAAAAAGGGUGGGAAGUGGCAGUGGAACAGGAAGAGGAUUUGGAAUAGAACUUGAGAAAGGAAAGGGAAGCGCCAGUGGAACAGGAAGUGAAUUUGGAGUGGGAAUUGAGAAAGGAGAGCGAAGUGACAGUGGAACAGGAAGUGGAUUUGGAGUGGGAAUUGGGAAAGGAGAGGGAAGUGAUUGUGGAACAGGAAGUGGGUUCGGAGUGGGAAUUGGCGAAGGUUUAGGAAGUGGCAGUGGUGUGGGAAGUGGGUUUGGAAUGGGAAUUGGGAAAGGAGAGGGAAGUGGAAGUGGAACAGGAAGUGGAUUUGGAGUGGGAAUUGGGAAAGGGAAGGGAAAUGGCAGUGGCAGAGGAAGUGGGUUCGGAGUGGGAAUUGGUGCUGGAAUAGGAAGUGGAAGAGUUACUCCUGGUCCAAACAGACUCCAAGCCAUGACAAACUCCAAGCUAUUACCUCCCACGGAAAAGCCGGAGAUGCCAUCUAUCGUUAAGCCAGUUUUGCCAUCUAUCGAAAAGCCAGUUUUGCCAUCCAUGGAAAAACCAGAAAUGCCAUCUAUCUUUAAGCCAGUUUUGCCAUCUAUCCAAAAGCCAGUUUUGCCAUCUAUGGUAAAGCCAGAAAUGCCUUCUAUCGUUAAGCCAGUUUUGCCAUCUAUCGUUAAACCAGUUUUGCCAUCGAUCGAAAAGCCAGUCUUGCCAUCUAUGGUAAAGCCAGAAAUGCCAUCUAUCGUUAAUCCAGUUUUGCCACCUAUCGUAAAGCCGCUCAUGCCCCCUAUCGCAAUGCCAGUUAUGCCACCUAUCGUUAAGCCACUCAUGCCUCCUAUCGUAAAGCCAGUUUUACCUCCUAUCGUACAACCGUCUUUGCCAUUUAUUGAACAGCAAAGACUGCCUCCUAUCGUAAAGCCAGAAAUGCCACCUGUUGUACAGCCGGCUUUGCCAUCUAUCAUGCAGCCGGCUUUGCCAUCUAUCGUACAGCCAGUUUUCCCAUCUAUCGUAAAACCAGAUAUGCCACCUGUUGUACAGCCGGCUUUGCCAUCUAUCAUGCAGCCGGCUUUGCCGUCUAUCGAACAGCCAGUUUUACCAUCUAUCGUAAGGCCUGAUUUGCCACCUGUUGUACAACCAACUUUGCCAUCUAUCAAACAGCCGGCUUUGCCAUCUAUCGUAAAGCCUCACUUGCCACCUGUUCUGCAUCCGGCUUUGCCAUCUAUCGAUCAGCCAGUUUUGCCAUCUAUCGUAAGGCCUGAGUUACCACCUGUUCUACAGCCUGCUUUGCCAUCUAUUGUACAGCCGACUUUGCCAUCUGUCGUACAGCCAGUUUUGCCAUCUAUCGUAAGACCUGACUUGCCACCUGUUGUACAACCGGCUUUGCCAUAUAUCGAACAGCCGGCUCUGCCAUCUGUCGUAAGGCCUGAUUUGCCACCUGUUGUACAACCGGCUUUGCCAUAUAUCGAGCCGCCGGCUCUGCCAUCUAUCGUAAGACCUGGCUUACCGCCUGUUCUACAACCGGCUUUACCAUCUAUCGAACAGCCAGUUUUGCCAUCUAUCGUAAGGCCCGAUUUGCCACCUGUUGUACAACCUACUUUGCCAUCUAUCGAACAGCCAGCUUUGCCAUCUAUCGUAAGGCCUGACUUACCGCCUGUUGUACAACCGGCUUUGCCAUCUAUCGAACAGCCAGUUUUGCCAUCUAUCGUAAGGCCUGAUUUGCCACCUGUUGUACAACCGGUUUUGCCAUAUAUCGAACAGCCGGCUCUGCCAUCUAUCGUAAGGCCUAACUUACCGCCUGUUCUACAACCGGCUUUGCCAUCUAUCGAACAGCCAGUUUUGCCAUCUAUCGUAAGGCCCGAUUUGCCACCUGUUGUACAACCUACUUUGCCAUCUAUCGAGCAGCCAGCUUUGCCAUCUAUCGUAAGGCCUGACUUACCGCCUGUUCUACAACCGGCUUUGCCAUCUAUCGAAGAGCCAGCUUUGCCAUCUAUCGUAAGGCCUGACUUACCGCCUGUUCUACAACCGGCUUUGCCAUCUAUCGAACAGCCAGUUUUGCCAUCUAUCGUAAGGCCCGAUUUGCCACCUGUUGUACAACCUACUUUGCCAUCUAUCGAACAGCCAGCUUUGCCAUCUAUCGUAAAGCCCGAUUUGCCACCUGUUGUACAACCUACUUUGCCAUCUAUCGAACAGCCAGCUUUGCCAUCUAUCGUAAGGCCUAACUUACCGCCUGUUCUACAACCGGCUUUGCCAUCUGACUAUUUAGAGCCAGUGUUAGCGACUGGGGUUGCCAGAGAACACUAUGUUGAUGCAGCAGAAACAGAAGUAUGUGGCUAUGGAGAAGGAAGUGACAGUGAUGUGGGAAGUGGCAUAAGAAUAGGAACUGGCAGUGAUAUAGGAAGUGGCAGCGGUGUGGGAAGUGGCAUAGGAAUAGGAAUUGGCAAUGUUAUGGGAAGUGGCAGGGGUAGAGGAACUGGCAGUGGUAUGGGAAGUGGCAGUGGUGUGGGAAGUGGUAUAAGAAUAGGAACUGGCAGUGGUAUGGGAAGUGGCAGUGGUAUGGGAAGUGGCACAGGAAUAGGAAUUGGCAAUGUUAUGGGAAGUGGCAGGGGUAGAGGAACUGGCAGUGGUAUGGGAAGUGGCAGUGGUGUGGGAAGUGGCAUAGGUAUAGGAACUGGCAGUGGUAUGGGAAGUGGCAGUGGUGUGGGGAGUGGCAUAGGAAUAGGAAUUGGCAAUAUUAUGGGAAGUGUCAGGGGUAGAGGAACUGGCAGUGGUACAGGAACUGUCAGUGGUGUAGAAAAUGGCAGUGGUAUGGGAAGUGGCAUAGGAAUAGGAAUUGGCAGUGGUAUGGGAAGUGUCAAUGGUAUGGGAAGUAGCAGGGGUGUGGGAAGUGGCACAAGAGUAGGAACUGGCAGUGGAAUGGGAAGUGGCAGUGGUAUGGGAAGUGGCAGUGGUAUGGAAAGUGGCAGUGGUAUGGGAAGUGGCAGUGGUAUGGGAAGUGGCAGUGAUAUGGGAAGUGGCAGUGGUAUGGGAAGUGGCAGUGGUAUGGGAAGUGGCAGUGGUAUGGGAAGUGGCAGUGGUAUGGGAAGUGGCAGUGGUGUGGAUGGUGUUGAUGGAUCAGAAGUAGGAUUUGGUGUUGGAGGAUCAGGAAGAAGAUUUGAUGAUAGAGGAUCAGAAGGAGGAUUUGGUGGAGGAGGAUCAGGAGGAGGAUUUGGCGGUGGAGGAUCAGGAGGAGGAUUUGGUGAUAGAGGAUCAGAAGGAGGAUUUGGUGGUGGACGAUCAGGAGGAGGAUUUGGUGCUGGUGGAGAACCAGGAGGAGGAAUUGGCGGUGGAGGAUCAGGCGAAGGAUUUGGUGAUAUCGGAUCAGAAGUAGGAUUUAGUGGUGAAGGAUCAGGAAGAGGAUUUGGAGAUGGAGGGCCAGUAGGAUUUGGAGGUGGAGGAGGAUCAGGAGAAAGAUUUGGGGAUGAAGGAGGGUUUGGAGGAAGAUUUGGAGGUGGAGGAGGAUCUGGAGGAAGAUUUGGAGGUGGAGGAGAUUCAGGAGGAUUUGGAGGUGGAGGAGGAUCAGGAGGAGGAUUUGGAGGAGGACCAAGAGGAGGAUUUGGAGGUGGAGGAGGAUCAGGAGGAGGAUUUGGAAGUGGAGGAGGAUCAGGAGGAGGAUUUGGAGGUGGAGGAGGAUUUGGAGAUGGUGGAGGAUCAGGAGGAGGAUUUGGAGGUGGAGGAGGAUCAGGAGGAGUAUUUGGAGGUGGAAGAGGAUCAGGAGGAGGAUUUGGAGAUGGAGGAGGAUCACGAGGAGGAUCUGGAGGUGGAGGAGGAUCACGAGGAGGAUUUGGAGGUGGAGGAGGAUCAGGAGGAGGAUUUUGGGGUGGAAGAGGAUCAGGAGGAGGAUUUGGAGAUGGUGGAGGAUCAGGAGGAGGAUUUGGAGGUGGAGGAGGAUCAGGAGGAGUAUUUGGAGGUGGAGGAGGAUCAGGAGGAGGAUUUGGAGAUGGAGGAGGAUCACGAGGAGGAUCUGGAGGUGGAGGAGGAUCACGAGGAGGAUUUGGAGGUGGAGGAGGAUCAGGAGGAGGAUUUGGAGGUGGAAGAGGAUCAGGAGGAGGAUUUGGAGGUGGUGGAGGAUCAGGAGGAGGAUAUUCCAGAGAAGUUAGAAGCGACAUUCAGGCAAGCCUUCCAGUAUCGGCUGACCGCUCCAACAACAAGGCUACACUUUGACAUAG